AUGGCCCGACUCCUCGCUCAAAGCCUAACCCGCAAAAACACCACUCUCUCACUUCCUUGCCUCACACACCACCACCACCACCACAACCACCGCCACCGCUCCAACAAAGCCCAGCUCAUCGAAAUCGAUCUCGACACAUCCAAUUCCGAAUCCACAUCCGAAUCCACCGAAAUCGACGUCCACAGCGUCCGAAAACUCGAGGAAGUCAUACAGAAUAUUGUAGUGAGGCGCUCCGCACCCGAUUGGCUACCCUUCAUUCCCGGAUCCUCCUACUGGGUUCCACCUCGGCACCUCAGACAUCCCUAUAAUGUGGUGGAAGUCAUCGGCAAGGUGUCGGCGGCUCCUCAGCCGAUCAGCGAGGAUGAAACGCUGUCGUUGACCUCUGACCGUGGGUGGCCUUCGUCGGCGUAUUUUAUUGAUGGUACCGGUUGGUGAUAUGCUUUAUUUCUUUAUAUAUUUUUUUUAAUAUAUGUUUAAUUUUUUGUUCGGUUACUAAGAGUAUGACGGAAAAGUAAACAAAAAAUGAAGUUUCCAGUUCGGUUGCGUCGGGAAUUUGAAAUCUUGGAAUAAUUAUCUGAUAUGUGCGUAGUUGUGUGUGGGUCAUUCUGAGUGUCUGUUUGGUUGCAAAAAAAUGAUAUUGCGAAUGGGAUUUCUGUGUGAAUUUGAAGAUUGGGUACAUUGUUGUUUGGGUUAUUGUAUAAUUCUGUUUAGUUGGUGAGAAAGGGGAGGAGAAGGAAACAAAUGAUUGUUAUUGUAAAUUGGGUUACCCUGUUGUGGAUUCUUUGAACGUACCAUAGGUAAUUCAUUGUGCAACAAAUGCUUCUUAGAAGAGAAAGAAACCCUAGACUCGGGUUUAAAAGAAGCACACACCUCGUCAAUUUGCCCAAAAGAUUCCAUCGGAGCAGACAAAUUAUCCUUGAUCAUACUUUAUUCCCACUUAUUGACAGAAGUAUUCCGACUAGAGUAUCCAUUUUAGUGGAGCAAUCCACUUUCAUGUUCAUCGAGCAUGUCCUCAUAGUUGAUUGUAAAAUCUGCCACCUUCAACUCAUCCUCACAGCUCUCAAUUCCCUCGGUUUUGUUUCCAUUUUCAUCAUCCUCAGACUUAGAGCAGCUAUAACUUGGUCGAACUUCACUUAAACUCUUCAUCAAUGUGAUCCACCCGUAUUGUAUGUAGAAUGAGCCCAGUUAUUGUCUGAGCCAUCUCACUCUUCUCAUCAAAAUCGAGUCAGAAAUCAAUUCACUCGUUGGACUCUAGGUUUACCCUCAGAGAUCCUUUAUGAACUUCCCAACCCACUCGACAUCAAUUUGUUGCAUUCGAUUCAGCGUAACUUUGAUCUCCAUAGCACUCUUGUUGACCGAACACUCAGACAGUAUAGCCCUAAUCUUAGCCAGAGAUCGAAACUUCCUUUUAUUCAGAUCCAGGUCACAAGUAUAUGAAGACAUUGGAUUUUUAGAAUCAAAGAAACAAGGUCCUGGGCUCCACACUUUUGUUUAAAAUUAAAGCCAAUAUCACUAUUGCAUAUUCUCUUGGCUUUUAAAACGUUUGGUGCAACUCCAAGCCCAACCCUACCUUCCUGUUUUUAUUAGAGGUAAUCACAUUUGGUGCACUUCUAUCUAUAGCAAUUCACUGCUCAAAAUUUAGAAAUUUCUUAUUCACUGGAUUAUCUUGAGAUUUCUCCUCCGUAACUACAACCCCUUUUUUGUUGUUAAAAAAGCCUAAACUUUCCACUUCUUUUUUUGAAUGGGUAACUUUCCACUUCUCUUCAUUAAAUUUUGGCCCAAAAUUCUGAAUCACACCAUUAGGUUUGUUGAACCUGUGUGCCCCCUAUGCAACCUAUUUCCCCCCUAACCAUAGUCCUCAACCUCCUGGCCAUAUACCAUGGAUUAUCUUGCUAUGACCGUUGAAAUGAACACUGCACUUUCCAGAAAUUACCUUAACUCUUUUUGGGAAAUUCUUCACCUUAAAAUCACCUUCAAAUGACGUUGGGAUAGAGUAGGAAUUUUUUCUACCAAGCUUUGAUUCUAUCUUUAUACAGAUUUGAAAACUUCAAGGACUUUCUAUCCGCUUCAAUACAACCUCUGCAACACACCAAUUCUUGCAAACACCUCUUCCGGUCAACAAGUAAAAAGCAAACCAUGAUAAAGCUAAGAUGCUCAUGAGUUAACUUCCGGAUACCAUACUUACCAUAAAGGGGCUUUCUGGAUAACAUUUUCUAAAAUUAUUAAUCUCCAUAGCCUUCUGAACAUGUCCAUGAAAGGAAGUUUCUUUGUCAACCUAGAACGGAAUCAAUUUGAAUUUAUACAAAUAUUUUCACUCUAGCUUUCUUUAUCACAUUCCAUUAAUCAAAUAAAAUUUAACUUGUGUGGACAACAGGCCAACUCCUUUUACCAUCGUCCAGAAAAUUUAGACCAGUGGACCUUGAAACCAAAUCUUGCAUUGCGGAGCUCCCCAAUGUGCCUUUGGUAAGAUUAAGAGUUGCUUGAUAAAAGAUUAUGGAGGCUAGAGUCUUCCGGGUGUUUCUCAUGAAAAUCAUUCUUUGAGUCUUUAAUUGAUGAU